AUGAGCACGUACUCCGGGUUCAGGAACUCUGUUGCGAGUCCAUCGAACCUAAAGGGGCUGGUAAGUACGAAUGAAGGUGUUUUAAAGGUUUGGGUACGCCUGGAAGCGUCGAGUUCAUCGCCUAAUAUGACAGGUCAGGCUACAGCAAUAGAAUACGUCAAGACAGAUACGAUUGACGACUUGAAGGAUCGCAUUUUUGCUAAGUUCAGUAGUACCCGAUGGGCCAUGGAAAAUGAUAAUUUUGGGAUAGCCAUUGGCUGCUUGUGUAACUGUGGGAUGGGGAGUAAACCUCUCGGGGACCAGCAACCCAUAAAAGACACGGCCAGGCUGGAGCUGACAAGAGACCAGCUGUUACAUCCUAUGCCAGCGAAGUCGAUACCGAUGGACAUUGAUCAUGGGGCGAAAUCCUGGCAAGCCUCGAGAGAAUGUAGCCCGAAAUCAUCCAACGUGGAUUCUCCGCUGCCGCCCCGCGCUCGCAAUACUGUUGGAUGCACGUCUAGUUCAACUCCGAUGGCACCACUGCGAGCAAUUAACAAAGAGUCUCAUCUUACGGAGCCGUGCUCUUUUUCUCCUGUUAGACUCGGCGUUUCCCGGAGAUUUUCGUGUAACCUCAACUCAGGCCCCAUCCUUAUAGAGCCUAGCCAGGACGAUUUACCCCGGCCACAGGUACACCAAUCGCUACUCUCACCAGAUGAAAUGGUGAUAGACGUGUGCAAGGUACUUUUUGGCGGGACCAGCACACAGAAAGCUGCUGAAGCUCUGAUUGUGUUCUCACACACAGAUGACAUCGCUGUUUUUAACGACGUUGAUGACCAACUAGAUGAUCCUAUUGAUCAGCAGGUGGAGGAACCAAUACCUUUCAUGGAAGAAUUAGCGGAUUACAAACUGAUAGUAGAUGAAGAGCAACUGCGAAAAUUGAGCUUAACUAAUGACGAAGAAAAUGCGGAGCAUAAACAGGCGAUACUUCUGUUGCCGCGUGGCUUCGAAGGUGACGUCAAUUUACCGUCCCCAAAUGUGACAUCGCCAACGCUGACAACCAGCAGUAACGUGCCUUCAUUACUCCCAACCUCUGUGCCUCCACAUUCCGCACUUGUUGAGGGAGAAAUCGGGGUGGUACUGUCGCGGGACCCAAUCGUUCAAAGAGAAGCAUCACCGUUCCAUCUCGCAAUGGAGCCAGUUACAACUGAAGCUAUUACCAGAGAAAAAGUGUUUCCUAAACUUAACGUCUUGGUGGUUGAGGAUAACAUGAUCAACCAAACGAUACUGUUAUCGUUCCUGCGCAAGCAUAAAAUAUCUUAUAAGGCCGCCAAAAAUGGUGUCGAGGCGGUGGAAAAGUGGAAAGAAGGGGGCAUUCAUUUGAUUUUGAUGGAUUUAGGGUUACCGCUUCUAUCCGGAAUAGAAGCAGCUAAAGAGAUUCGAUUGCUCGAAAAACAGAAUGGAGCUAGUCCACAUGCUCUUGAAUCCGGGCGCGUUGUUGUAGAUGGAUUGCAAAGAGAUAUACCUAUAGAGCCUUUCAGCAUUCGCCGAAGAAAGGCGCCGGUGAUUAUUGUGGCUCUUACGGCUUCAAACUCAGUAACAGACAAAGCCGAGGCCAUAUUGGCCGGUUGCAACGAUUAUCUUACUAAACCCGUGAACCUGGACUGGCUAACUCGAAAGAUCACUGAAUGGGGAUGCAUGCAAGCUCUCAUCGAUUUCAACGAGUGGAAAGAGGGCCAUGAGAAAUUAUUGGCAGAAAAAGAUGGAACAUCAGCUCAAGUUUCCGGAAAUUCACCGCUGUCUGUACAGAGGGCCGCUGCCCCUCAAGUGCCUUCUAAACUGAGCGACCAAUUCACAGUUUAA